UAUUUACUUCCGGUUUCAGGCACUUACGGUCAGUAGCACGUGCGAAUGCAGAGCAGCGAAAAAAUGUUUUGAGAACAGCAUUUUGCUUUCUUUUUUAUACCACCAGCAAGGGUUGGCAAGGUUUAAGGAUGUUUGAAGCAGAGGUUUGGGAUGUUGAUAGAUCUGCAAACCAACUAGACCACAGUUUGUUUGGCAAGAGUAAAGAAAAUGAAAAGAAGAAAAAGAAGCCACAUCUUAAUACAGACCAUUCAGGUUCAGAUGAGAUUAGUGCCAGUCAAAAGAAAACCAAAAAGAGACCAUUAGGGCAAGUUGACAGCCUUUCUAAGAAGAAACACAAAGUUGGGAGUCCAGGAUCAUUGCAGGGAAAGAGUACAAGUCACGUGCAAAAUAGUGCUAUGGUAGCAAAAGUGAAGAAAAUUCACAAACCCACUGCGAAAAUGACGACAAAUGGGGGAGAAUCUGUGCCAAAGUUUAAAUUGAAUAAGAAACACAAAAAUUUGGAAAAGUCUCAAAAUGAUAUCAAUAAAAAUAAGAAAAAAAGAAAUAAAUACAAAGACUUUGACAAGAAUAAGAAAGAGACUGUGAAUGAUGAAAGUUCAGGUGGAAAGGACACCACAGUAACACAAACUCAGAAGAAAGCUGAAGCAUCCAACACAACUCGGCCCUCUCUUCCCAAGAAAAAGAAGAGAAAAAGAAAAGCUAAGAAAAACAAAUAUAAAGAUUUGUGGGAAGCACAGCAGAGGGAAAAGAGUGCUUCAACAGGCAAUGCAAAUAAAGGAGAUUUUGUGAUUAAUUCUAAAGAAGGAUCACGACAGGCUGAUGAAAAACAACUGAAAACUGAAACUGUGCCAAAAGGUGCUUGCAUUGAAACAAACUUGAGCAAAAGUAGUUUAAAGAGGAAGAAAGAACGUCCUGGGGAUGAAAUGAAGGACAACAAUAUGUCCAAAAGGGACAAUGCCACUGCUGUUGACAGUGUGACAAAUCACAAGAAGAGAAAACUGAGCGCAUCAGUUGGUGAUGGCAAUGGCUUUUCUAAUGGGACCAAAAUGGCACAAAGUACAAGUAGUGAAUCAUCUGAAAAAAAGCAGAAAUAUUCUGUAGAAAGAAAUACACUUGCAGAAGUUGAAAAAUUAGGUAAUGCUUCUGCGAAGAGUGUUUCAAAAAGGACUAAAGGAAAAUCUUCUAAAGUGGAUAAAUGGGAAAGAAAAACUGGUAAAGAACAUAAGGUUUUGAAGGGAAAGGUGACAAAGGAUGUCAUCAGCCAACCUGUAGCUGAGAAAGAUGACUCGAAUAAUCUUCAGUUGGCUCCAAAGUCUAAGACUGGAUUGGAUAAAAAUAAAGUGAAGGCUCUGCUUCAGGCUGAUGAAAUCAAUGCAGGAGAAAAGAAGACUAAAAUGGUCACAAAGAAAGAAGAGAAAUUUGAAACCAAGGAGAUUCUCUCGCCUCAGUCCAAGUCACAAAACAAGUCACAGGUGCUUCGUGAAAAGAUGAUGGAGCGUCUUCAUGCAGCAAGGUUCCGCUAUUUGAAUGAACAGCUUUACACUCUACCUAGUGAGGAGGCAGUGAAGAUGUUCCGCUCUGAUCCAGAAGCUUUCCAGGCCUAUCAUGACGGCUUCCAAAAUCAAGUGGAAAAAUGGCCACAGAGCCCAGUUAAUACUAUCAUAGACUUCAUCAAGAAAAAAGCAAGCAAUGAGGUUGUAGCAGAUUUUGGCUGCGGAGAUGCCAAGAUAGCGCAGUCUGUAUCCAAUCAGGUGCAUUCCUUUGAUCUGGUUGCCGUGAACAAGUAUGUCACUGUGUGUGACAUGGCUAAGACCCCUCUCAAAGAUGGCAGUGUUGGUGUGGCGGUAUUCUGUCUGGCGCUGAUGGGGACUAACCUGGUAGACUUCCUGAGGGAGGCCAACAGGGUGUUAAAGAAGGGAGGCAAGCUGCUUAUUGCAGAGGUCGUGAGCAGAUUUGACAGAAUUGGAGCAUUUGUUAAAAGUGUUGAACAGAUGGGGUUUUCUUCGCUUCAUACAGACACAUCAAACAAAAUGUUUGUGAUGUUCCAGUUUGAAAAGGUGAAGAAGACGGACAGUAAAAACCUUCCGAAGAUUGAACUACAACCCUGUGUGUACAAGAAAAGAUGAGAAUGAGAUCUUACAAAGAUUGCACCACUGAGGUCUAAAAUUAUCAUCGAUAAAUGUAUUGUUGUUUCAUGCUUUUCUUAAUGAGGCAGAAAUAAGUUUUUUAUGUACAGACAUUUUGUCUGUUCAUAUAGCUAUCACCUGCAUCCGUCGUUGUUGUUUUCAGCAUUGUUGCUGUGCACUUUUCAUUGUUAACUCAAUAUAACAAUUUGACUUAUUACCCUCAGGCUUGCUGGAUUAAUUACUAAUUAAUUAUAGUUCAAGAGCUUUUAGCAGUGGAAAAAAUGUAUUCUGUAUAGACGUGGUUUAGUUAUGAAGAAAUGCAUUAACCACAGCAUACAUGCUUUAUCAAUACGUAGUGGCUUUGCAUGGUCAGCCUGAGAUUUAACUGGCAGCUGAGACUCGAUAUCCUCCUUGAUGUACAGAAGAAGGCAUCAGAAAUUAUCUCUUAGGAGACUGGUCAAAUAGAUUCUUUUUCUGAUUCUAGAUGUUUCAUAUUGUCUCCAUCCUCUUCUAUCUACUGUAAACUGAUUUCAUCUGCCCUUCCAUCCAAAGGCAGAACCUUCAAAACAGACGAGACAUUUUUGUUCAGAUCUUUGUCUCAGGAAACAGAAAAACAUCUUUCAGAGCUAAAGCAUCCCCCACAGA